UAUCCUUUUCUUUGAAGAUGAAGGAAGACGCCGUGAUCCACAUACCAGACUACCAGAGAGACCGCCGGCGAAGCGACCAGAAUCUGAUCAGGUCCCGACCACGGAGCAGCCGGAGGCAAAGCGUACGAAGCUCGGCGAUCCUCAACCGGAAAAGCUCGCUGGUGAUACUCCAAUGGGUCUGCAGAGCGAUAGCAAAGAGGGAGACCAUCCGACUGGGACUGAUUAUCAUAAAGGCCUUUCGUAUUGUCUGAUCUGUUGUAAGAUGGUCGAUCACAUAAUUUUAGAAUGCCCCGACUGGUCAAAGGGAUCUGGGAUAUAUUGUGUUGUUUGUGAAGGCCCCUGUAAACUCUGUGAUGACGAGCACCACCGCAAAAAUCAUUUUGAAACUAUCAUGUUUUGUGAUAUUUGUGGUGAACAGGCUACACACUGGUCUGAUAACUGCUCCUAUGGUACUGAUUAUCGUACUGCCAGGUCUGCGGACGCUUUCGGUGACUCUGACAUUGGUUGCUUUGUAACGUGGGUGACCUUUCAGAGAUACACACAACUUAUGCUGGUUCAAUCCGCAGUUGCAUGAUCUCCAUUGAUGAUAGUUGUUUCAGAUCUUGAUCUCAGGGCACCAAUUUCUGAUUCUUACUCAGAAAAAAAGGAUGGAAAUUGUGACGCUCACGUUGACUCUUGCACUUUGUUGUGUUAACUUAGACCAAUUUUCUCAAGAUUUCCUAUUUCUAGACC